AUGUUCGGGCCGCCAGCAUCUGGCAAGGGCACGCAUGGUGGACGAAUAACAACGGCGCUGGGAAUUCCGCAGCUCUCUACCGGAGACAUGCUGCGUGAAGCCGUGGAUUCUGGCACGGAGAUCGGUUUGAGGGCCAAGUCGGUGAUGGAGCAAGGGCAGCUUGUGAGCGACGACAUUGUUAUUGGCAUCAUCAGGGACAGAGUCAAGGCUGCAGAUUGCCUGAAAGGUUUCAUCUUAGAUGGCUUCCCUCGCACAGUUGCUCAAGCCAAAGCAUUGGACGAGAUGCUGGCAGCCACCGGGGAAGAAGUGAAGACCGUCUUGGAGCUCAGCGUGCCAGAUGAAGCCCUGAUUGAAAGGAUCGGUGGCCGCUGGAUUCACAAAGCUUCUGGCCGCUCGUACCACACCAAGUACAAUCCCCCGAAGUCUUUCGACGGCAAGAGCGAGCCCACGCCGGCGAACAUGCGGGACGAUGAGACCGGAGAAGCCUUGACGCAACGACCCGACGACAAUAAGGAUGCUCUCCCCAAAAGGCUCGCUGCCUACCAUGCCGAGACGGUGCCUGUGCUUGGGCACUACAAGUCCCGUGGGGGAUGUCGGGUGGCACAGGUGGAUUCGAAUUUGGGCCCUGCGCGCAAGACGGAGGACAUCUGGGCAGACUGCGCCAAAGCUUUGGGCUUGAAGGCCUGA